AUGGAGCGCGCUGCAUUAUCUUUGAAGUACGUCCAGCCUUGGCCAAGAGCAGCGCGAAGGAGCGAGUGGCUACGGAGCGCCUUGGCCCACCACCACAGCCCCGACCCCGGCGUGGAGAACGAAAUCGUCGUCCUGGCCACGGGAAUCGACCAGUACUUGCAAGAGGUUUUCCACCAUCUUGCUUAUCCGAACCGGGACGAGAAAGUGUCGGCGGAGGACUUCAGCACCCUCUGCGCGGUGCUGGGUGUCACCGGAGCCCAGAAAGGGAAGAAAACGAUAAAAGGAAUCGGGGAUGAAGGACGAGGCGACGAAGAUGAGGAAGAGUUCAGAGACGUAUGCUCCGGGCUGCCUUGUCAGAUAACUUUUAAGGACUUCCACUCACGUCUGUGUGGCUACUUUCGAGUGCGGUCUACACACAGAGGCACUGGUGAAUGUCCCUGGCGAUUGCCAGUUACUGAAGAGACGGAACUGGUGGAGAGACACAUAAAGCUUCGAUGGCCUCGUGUGAGAAGGAGAAAAUAUGUUAGUUUUGAUCUGACGAGGAAUCAGAAUGGGCACAGCAGAUCCACAGCUGGUACCGCUGCAGAGGACAGUUCUUCGGAAGAAUUAGCAGCUCUGAGGGAGCUGGUAGAGGACCUCCGAUCAGCACUACAGGGUAGCGAUGCCCGCUGUUUGGCCCUUGAAGUGGCUCUGAGACGAGAGAGGAGCCACAUGCAGUCAGCUCCCAUCAGUGUUUCAUUGCCUACGACUUCCUUAUCUGUCAUACAAGGCAAACUAGUGCCCACACGUUGUAUUAAAGGACAGCUAAAUGUUGCUGGAGGAAAUGGUGCAAGGAGGUUGGGGAGAAGAUGGGACUUAACGGACCCUCUUUUAAGAGAAUUGCAGCUGAUCCGUUCCUCGCGUGAUGGACAGCUGGAGGAGGCCAUUAAAUUCAAUGAACGUCUGGAGGAGGAGCUGCGAUGGGCAUACCAGGAAGUGAGCAAACUUCAGGAGGUGGAGUCUUCACUUAGGAGAGAGAACAUCAAAAUUAGGCGGCGAGCAGAAGAAGCAAGGGAGGCUUUGAGCUUGGGCCUUGAUAGGGUGCGAAUGAUUCAGGAACAAGCCGAAUCCGUGCCACAACUUCAGUCCAGGAUCACCCAACUGGAGGGUGAACUACAGCACUACAGGUCUGGCUGUGUAUGUCUCCCUGAAGCUGCUUCAACAAGAGGUGUUGAGGCAUACUGUAGGACCGAUGCUGAGUGUCUGCAGAGAGCAGUGGAAGGAAGAGCUGCCUCUGAUGAAGAGGAGGAAGGGUGCAAAGGCAUGGGUGGUGAAGGACAAUGCUGCCUUUAUGAGGUGAAGAAGCACAUCAGUCGCUCUCACGACUGGGGCAAAGGGUGUCAGAGUCAGGUGGUCCAUCAGGUCAUCUCAAAGGACGGCCUGCACAACGGCCACCACACCAAUGAGUGUCAGUGUAAUGGGAGAUGCUGCAGCUGGAAGCGGCAAAAGCAAGAGCUCUCAGCAAGCUGCAAAGGUUGUGAAGAAAAGCUCAGUGACAAACCAGAUCAUGCGACAGACAGAGCACAUAUAGAAGGGAAAGAGGGGGAGGAGAGGCUGUCUUUGAUGGAGGGAAAGUUCAGAGAUGUCCUAAUGUUACUUCUGGAACUGCGCAAGAAGAAAUUGUCCCGCAGGGAGCUGGGGACCAUCAUGAUGGACACGCUAGAUAUGUGCAGUAAUGGAGAGGGUCCAUCCCAGGUACUUCAGGUUGCUGAUGCGCUCUAUAUGCAGUUAUCUUCCACUGAUCACGUUAAAAAAGGAGUUGAAGCCAAAGGAGGUGAGAGGGAAGGCAAAAGCUUGCUUCCCUCAUCAGGGCAUCAAACAAGUAGCACUAGCCCUUUGGUCAUCUCCUGUUAA